GGCGCCAUGGCCCGCUGAGGGCGCCGCGGAGCGCGGCCCGCCCUGCUCCCUUCGCCCCGCGCCGCGCAGCGCUCCGCGGGGCGCGCCAUGGGUGCGCGGCCGCGCCGCCGCCGGGCCCCCGCCACCGCCGCCGCCGUCGUCGCCGCCGCCGCCGCCGCGCCGGGGCCGCUCGGUGCCCUGCUCGCCGCUGCUCUCCUCGCCGCCGCCGGUGCUCAGCAAAGUGUGACCGUGGCCAAUCCGGUGUCCGGCGCGUCCCCGGACCUGCUGCCGCACUUCCAGCUGGAGCCGGAGGAUGUCUACAUCGUGAAGAACAAGGCGGUGAGCCUGGCAUGCCGUGCCACCCCUGCCACCCAGAUCUACUUCAAGUGCAACGGCGAGUGGGUGCACCAGGGCGACCAUGUCACAGAGCACAGCACCGACCGUGGCACCGGGCUGCCGGUGAUGGAGGUGCGCAUUGAGGUCACCCGCCAGCAAGUGGAGAAGAUCUUUGGGCUGGAGGAGUACUGGUGCCAGUGCGUGGCCUGGAGCUCCUCCGGCACCACCAAGAGCCAGAAAGCUUUCGUGCGCAUCGCCUAUCUGCGCAAGAACUUUGAGCAGGAGCCGACGGCCAGGGAGGUCUCCAUCGAGCAGGGCAUCGUGCUGCCGUGCCGCCCUCCCGAGGGCAUCCCCCCUGCCGAGGUGGAGUGGCUGCGCAACGAGGAGCUGGUGGACCCGGCGCUGGACGCCAACGUCUAUGUGACAUCAGAGCACAGCCUGGUGCUGCGGCAGGCCCGCCUGGCCGACACCGCUAACUACACCUGCGUGGCCAAAAACAUCGUGGCCCGUCGCCGCAGCGCUACCGCCGCCAUCACCGUCUACGUGAACGGCGGCUGGUCAACGUGGACGCAGUUCGGCUGCAGCACCAGCUGUGGACGGGGCUGGCAGAAGCGGAGCCGGACAUGCACCAACCCCACGCCCCUCAACGGGGGGGCUUUCUGUGAGGGCCAAAACGUGCAGAAAACCGCCUGCACCACCCUCUGCCCAGUGGACGGCGCCUGGUCGGAGUGGAGCAAGUGGUCGGUGUGCGGGGCCGAGUGCACCCACUGGCGGAGCCGGGAGUGCUCGGAGCCAGCGCCACGCAACGGGGGCCGGGAUUGCCACGGCCCCGAGCUGGACACCCGCAACUGCACCUCCGAGCUCUGCAGCCACGCUGCCCCCGGCGCAGAGGACGUGGCGCUGUACGUGGGGCUGGUGGCCGUGGCCGUGUGCCUGGUGCUGUUGCUGCUGGUGGGGGUGCUGGUGUACUGCCGCAAGAAGGGGGGCCUGGACGCUGAUGUGGCCGACUCCUCCAUCCUCACCGCCGGCUUUCAGCCCGUCAGCAUCAAGCCCAGCAAGGCCGACAACCCCAGCCUGCUCACCAUCCAGCCCGACCUCAGCACCGCCACCAUGACCUACCAGGGCUCGCUCUGCCCACGCCAGGAUGGCCCUGCCAAGCUCCAGCUGCCCAACGGGCACCUGCUGAGCCCGCUGGGUGCUGGGCGGCACACGCUGCACCACAGCUCGCCUGCCGCCGAGGGCGCCGACUUCGUGGCCCGGCUCUCCACCCAGAGCUACUUUCGUUCCCUGCCCCGUGGCACGACCAACAUGGCCUACGGCACCUUCAACUUCUUGGGGGGGCGGCUCAUGAUCCCCAACACAGGGAUCAGCCUGCUUAUCCCACCCGAUGCCAUCCCACGGGGGAAGAUCUAUGAGGUCUACCUGACCUUGCACAAGCAGGAGGAGGUGAGGCUGCCCCUGGCCGGCUGCCAGACACUACUGAGCCCCAUCGUCAGCUGCGGCCCCCCCGGGGUCCUCCUCACCCGCCCCGCCAUCCUGGCCAUGGGUCAUUGCGUGGAGGCCAGCGCUGAGAACUGGAGCAUCCGGCUGAAGAAGCAGUCGUGCGAGGGCACGUGGGAGGAUGUGCUGCAGCUGGGCACCGAGCCGUGCACGGAGCUGUACUACUGCCAGUUGGAAGCGCAGGCUUGCUACAUCUUCACCGAGCAGCUGGGACGCUUCGCCCUGGUCGGGGAGUCCCUCAGCAUGGCGGCCUCCAAGCGCCUCAAGCUGGUCCUGUUCGCGCCGGCCGCCUGCCCCUCGCUCGAGUACAACAUCCGUGUCUACUGCCUCAGCGACACCCAGGACGUCCUCAAGGAGGUGAUCCAGCUGGAGAAGCAGCUGGGGGGGCAGCUGAUCGGAGCCCCCCGGGUCCUGCACUUCAAGGACAGCUACCACAACCUGCGCCUCUCCAUCCAUGACAUGCCCAGCUCCCUCUGGAAGAGCAAGCUCCUCGCCAGCUACCAGGAGAUCCCCUUCUACCACAUCUGGAGCGGGCUGCAGCCCUUCCUGCACUGCACCUUCACCCUGGAGCGCCUGAGCCCCAGCACCUGCGAGCUGGCCUGCAAGAUCUGGGUCUGGCAGGUGGAGGGCGAUGGGCAGAGCUUCACCGUCAACUUCAACAUCUCCAAGGACACGAGGUUUUCGGACUGGCUGGUCCCCGACAGCGAGGUGGGCGCCCCGGCCCUGGUGGGCCCCAGUGCCUUCAAGAUCCCCUUCCUCAUCCGCCAGAAGAUCAUCAGCAGCCUGGACCCGCCGGGCACCCGGGGAGCCGACUGGAGGACGCUGGCCCAGAAGCUCAACCUCGACAGCCAUCUCAGCUUCUUUGCCUCGAAGCCCAGCCCCACGGCCAUGAUCCUCAACCUGUGGGAAGCGCGGCACUUCCCCAACGGCAACCUCUCGCAGCUGGCCACCGCCGUGGCCGAGGUGGGCAAGCAGGACGGUGCCCUCUUUGCCGUCUCCGAGGCCGAGUGCUGAGCACCGCAGGGGGGACCCCGACCCCACUCCUGAGGGAUCGCUGCCAUGGGGCAGGGGGGGCCCUGGCCGGCCCCCGGGCCCCCGCUGCCCCACAGCCCACGGGGAGGGCUGCCUGGGCUACCUGGCCCCCUGGCGAGAGAGGGUUGCCUGUGCCCCACGGCAGCCGGGCCCCCCACAGCACUGCGGCAGCAGGACUCAGCCCGGCCCUGGGGGUCCCACAGCCCCGUGGCGGGGGGCCGGGGGGCACUGGGUGUGCGUCGUGCGUGCGGUGCCGUCGUGCUGUCUGCGUGUGGGGCUGGGCGGCCCCGGGCCCCGUGCCGUGUUGUGUAAAGACCGUUUUUUUAAUUCUGUAUUAAGUGCAUUCAAGUAUUUACACUUGGCCUUAUGUACAUAGCGGUGCCGCGGGCGGGGGGUCUGCCGGACGUGAAUGUAAAUAAAUUCGAUAUAUAUUGCUA